ACUCUACGUAGUUAUCUUAUCUGCGUAACUGAUAGUGAUUGUUUUAUCAAUCGUGUAUCAUUGCUCCAUUUUUAAUAUGAAACUCUACUUGCUUCGAUGCAAGCGUCUUAUUUAAAAUAAAAUAUUAAAACAAUAAUGCGAAUAUUUUGUUCUAGUCACGUCAAAUAUUUGAGAAAAUGGAGUUUCUAUAUUUGUUUAUGUUAGUGUUGUGUGGUAUGUGUGUUCGUGGUGAAGUGUGCCCGAAGCAAUGUGACUGUGAUAUGGACAAUGGGUUAAACAGGGCUAUGUGUGUGGAUCAAAACAUUAUCAACAUCGACGUGGGAGUGUCGAAAGCGGUUCAAGUGUACAGCCUGAGUCAUAACGCUAUAAGCGAAUUGGACAACUUUUGUUUUAAGGAAAGCGGCUACACUUCGCUGGAAGUCUUAGAUUUAUCAUUCAAUACGAUAUUUUGGAUUGGAUUGCACGCCUUUUCGGACUUAGACAAGUUGAAGCAUCUAGAUUUGAGCAGUAACCGUCUGAGGUUCAUACCUUCGGAUCUGUUCUGGGACACACCACAACUGGAAACACUCGACUUAUCAUCCAACGUUUUUGAAAGUAUUAAAAAUGAACCGCUUAUUAUGCAUGCCUCUUUGAAGAUAUUGAAUUUAAACAACUGCCGCAUAAAAGCUUUACCGAAUCGCCUGUUUAACCGCCUACCAAAUUUACGGAAACUUGAUUUGAGCGAAAAUUACGUAGUGACUCUGAACACCGAGGUUCUGCUUCCAUUACGUAAGCUUGAAAGGAUAGAACUACGUAACGAUUAUUGGCAAUGCAAUACAGCAUUUACUGCCCUCGAAGACUGGAUUACUUCCCGAGGUAUAACUUAUCAAAAGCAGUGCACCAAGAGAGGACCAAACAUGUCCGAGAAAAUGAUCGCCGUAGCACCACCCAUCGAAAAAGUACAAGUUGAUUUAAACGAAGUAUGGAAUAUAACUACAGAGAAAAAUGAAACGGCUACAGAAAUGCCGCCAAGACCGCUUACACCAUUUGAGAAGUUUGACAAGGAAUUUUCGUCAUUACAGGCUUUUAUAAUAGGUAUGGAAAUUGGUUUAGCAUUCGGAAUAGUGGGAACAUACAUUUGGCUGAACAAGUUUUGUACGUGCGGUGCCUUGAGGUGCGAUAGGCCGCAAAACAGGAGGCAACGAAGACGAAGAAUGCAGAGACUAGAGGGAGAUAUGCGAACUAAUUUACUAUGGAGUACGAUUGUCAAUCCGGAUUUAGAAACACCACCUUUGUAUCGAAGAGAGUUGUCACUACCUGACCGGAGCCCACCGUUUCCCACGUAUGGCCUGCCUAUUGUUACAGAGGCUCCUUUGCAAGUAGAUGCGAUACGGUUGCCAGACCGCAGUGAAACGCCACCUCCGCCAUAUAACGACUGCAGAAUAAAUAUAUGAGUGGAUGAACUAAACACAGUGCUAGAGUAUAGGGUAUCUCUGUUGUGAUAUAUUAUUUAAGAUGUAUUUUAGU